ACCUUUUCUGGGUUCGUUUACUGAUGAAGCCGACGUUGUUUCUUUCGUUUAGGAAAUCAAACGUCGAACGAAAACAGGUUGUCUAACCUGUCGGAAACGCAGAAUCAAGGUGGGUAACCGUACAUUUUCUUCUCGUCUAUUUCCUAUCAAGCGUUUCCCAGCAUGAAUUGUUUCAGCCGAGACAGAGACGAACGACCGCGUCUUCAUUCUCCCGUUCCGAACGAAUGUGUAUAGAAGCCUAGGGGGACAAAAGAGCAGGAACCAGAAACGGAACCAGAAACAGAAACGGGAGAAGGCGAUGAAGAGAGGGAAUGAAGACAAUGACAAAACAACCACCAAUGCCGGCAUUCUCUCGUCCCGGCGUUUUCUGGCGAAAUAUCCAUCGCGUCAAAACCGCUCGGUCGACGUCGACGCGACGGAGCAAGGAUCGAGAAAACUGGAAGUUGUUACCGGACCGUGGCGCCGGCCUGCCAGUCUGUGCCAACUGGAAAUACAUCCCCCGCCAGUUCGUCCCGACCCGCUGGAUCCCCGGGCCUUCGCUGCCGGAAGUACUUGGGUACUUCUUGACUGGGGAUCUUUUUCACCACCCACACCACAUCACGCACCCCAUCACCUAUUAUCGCUCUUAUCUUAUCACCUCAGUUAUGCGCCACCUGAGCUCCCUCUCCCACACUUACAUCACUCUCGAAUUUUUUCCCUCUUUUUCCACUUUGGACCCUCUCAACCAUUCAGUUCUGUCCCGUCUUACAUAUUCACCAUCUUUCCACAUCGGAGCCGAAGCCGUCUUUUUCUAACAUUUUUGUGCCAGUGCGACGAGGGCCAACCCACCUGCAACAACUGCCGAAAGUCGAAGCGGGAGUGUGCAGGAUAUGAUCCCGUCUUCAAACCCCAACAGGCCACUUCAGACGUCCAACAUCAUACUCAUACUCUGGCCACCAACCGACCUCCAACCUCGGCACCUGGUGUGCCUUCCUCGACGCUCUCCACCACACCGUUUCCUCCUUCGAACCCGUACGGGUCCCAACCUGCCGUCGUCACGGGCUCUUACGGCACAUUAGGAACAUCCAACGGACCUACCAAUCCCGCCAUUACCGCCCCUUUCGUUGCACCCAAGCCGGACGGCCACCAGGGAUCCGGUCCUCAUCCCAUACCGCCGUCUAGCACGUUACCAUCUGCUACACCCGGCGGCUACUUUCACCUUAGAGCAAAGAAGAUGAAAGUCGACAAUCUCAUCGGCCUCUUGGGCCCGUCACCACCUAUCCGUGACACCCCUCUGACAGAUGACCUGUUCAGGGAAAUCACUCGGGUGUACCAUGAGAUUUACGUCUACGGGCUGAACGCAUUCUUCGAAACCACAUGGUUCGACGUCAAGGACGCAAAGGGAAACCACACCUUUCCCAACAACAAGUCCGCCAUUGACCACUUCGCCACGUUCCUCCAGGCCAUCCAGACGACGCGGCCGGACGACCGGGCGAGCAUGUUGUCAUCGGGCAUUCUCGAAGCGCGCCUGAUCUGGGUCCUAGCGGCUCUCCCGUACACAAUGAGCCCUCCCCGCGUCAACAACUCCGUCAACGGCCUCCCUCACCCGGCCGACCCCGUCGAGAUCCGCAACCGGGUCCACGUCUUCGAGGUCCUCCUGAGCGGCGACCACAUCGACUCCAACCCGCUAGCCCCACCGGUCGCCCACGUCGAUCUGCACCGGACGCGGGAGUUCGACUUUUGGCGGACAUUGGGCGACUACGUCACCUUCCGUGACGAACCGAACCUCCACCGCACCGCGCAGCGCGAGGAGGCCCUCGGCCGGCUCCGCCUCCUGCUGGACGGCCGCGAGAACCGCGACCUGCUGUACUCCAUCGCCAUCGCGCGCGAGCUCGCGCCGCGGUACCCGCCGGGCUACGAGAACGCCGUCCCGCAGCACGUGGACGAGUCGGACCCCAAGAACAAGCUCUUCGUGGCGUGCGACUUUAUCAGGAGGGAAGCCCAGGCCACGGGGGGGACGACGAAUGUGGUGCGGCGGUUCAGCGAGCUGGCGAACCAGGCUUUUAUCAAUCCGGGGGUCAACGUUGCCAACGUUGUCAGCCCUGGCAUUGUCCCGAGUUGAGCAAGUUUUUAUCCUUGUUACGUUUCUUGUUUUCUCAAAGUUGUUUCCUCCCUCUUUUCGGCCUCCACGAGCCCGGCCUUUUUUUUUUUCUUUUUUUCUUUUUUCC